AUGGGAGGACCUCCGGGAUCACAAGUAGCGCCAUUACCAGGAAAUCUACCAUUCCGAUUAGUGUCGAAAACGAUUGGAUCUGGCGCAUAUGCAUCAAUACGAAAAGCUUGUCCACCGAACAGACCAACACCCAUAAUAGCAGUCAAAUUCAUCCAUAAAGAGCAUGCCUUCCGAGCAGGACGAUUACGACCGAAACAGCUACAGAUCGAAGUCUCGCUCCACAAAUCCGUCAGCGGACACAAGAAUAUUAUCAAGUUUCUAUCCUACGGUGAAGAUCCGGUGUGGCUAUGGAUGUGUCUAGAAUUGGCAGACGGUGGAGACCUAUUCGACAAGAUCGAGGCGGAUGAGGGAUGCUCAGAAAAUGUCGCACACCUAUACUUUGUCCAACUGGUCAACGCCAUAGGGUGGUGUCAUAGCAAGGGUGUGGCGCACAGAGACAUCAAGCCGGAGAACAUGCUACUCAGCUCAGACGGCGACCUCAAGCUUGCAGAUUUCGGGCUGGCGACACAGUUUGUGGUACCUGGCAAGCCAGAUCGAAAACGAUGUGGGAUGGUGUGUGGGAGUCCGCCAUACAUUGCUCCCGAGAUCUUGGCGGUUGGACAGAAGAACAUGAAGAGGAAAGCCAGUGGUGAGGAGAAGGAGGGAUAUGAUCCUGAUGGCUCGGAUGUGUGGUCUAUUGCUAUUGUGCUGUUUGUGCUGCUGGCUGGUAACACGCCUUGGGAUGUACCGGAGAUGCAGCAGUAUGAGUAUUACGACUAUGUUAAUUCUGGUGGGAGGCCAACUGAUGAGCUUUGGACGAAGCUACCAACAGAUGCGAUGAGCUUGAUAAGAGGAAUGCUGAAGAUCGAGCCGAAAGAGCGUUUUGCGCUCAAUGAUGUCCGAAAACACCCUUGGUAUACACGACACAACCCAGAGAUGACGGAAGAUUUCACGGUAGCGAAUCCAGUCAGUCUCGCAACACAGAUGCUAGAGACGCUGCGAAUCGACUUCGAAGCACAGAUCACACCAUCACAACAAAACAAACAAACCACAUUAGCGACCGCCGACUCCAUGGAUGUCGACGCCAGUCUCCUAGACCCAGGCUGGUCCAAAUUCGCCUCAACCCAACCCGACACGCCAAGCACAGAUACAGCCUUCGACUGGGAAGCGCCAACCCGACACAACAUCAUUAGCGCCUCACAACCCACCAUUAAUACCACACACCCGCACGCCACAACAGUGACGGAAGAAGAGCUCCUGCGCGCCUUGGAGGAAGAUCCCAGCAUGUCACAAUUUUCCCAAGUAGCCAUCGGCUCCAUGACCGCCACGCAACAAGCCCGACACUUUAAUGACAUCGUGCCCUCCCACUCCUUGGCGAGGUUCUACAGCCACUACACCAUGGCGUCCCUCCUGCCGCUGCUCCUUUCAGCUUUGCAUCGACUGAACAUCCCCGUGCAGAGUCCUGCGACAGAGGCAAUGGAGGGCAAGGAAUACAUGGUCUCUCUUCGUAUCAAGACUUUGGACGCGCGACAGCAGGUCUUACAGGGUAGUGUAGUGGUGGAGAGGGUGCAGAUGCAUGGGCUCAAUCAGAUGGAAGUGCUCGAGGUGAGGUUCUUGAAGGCCAAGGGUGAUCCGGUCGGAUGGAGACGGUUGUUCAAGCAGGUUGCGAUAUUAUGUCGGGAUGCUAUUCCUUCGCCUAGGAAAGCGCAGGAGUAA